AUGGGUCUUCUCGAGCGCAGAAAAGCGAUCGAGGAGGAGAUCGCGAGAACACAAAAGAACAAAAAGACGGAGUAUCAUGUCGGCCGUCUCAAGGGGCAGCUGGCGCGCAUCAAGACGGAAAUGAUGGAGAAUGCCGCUCGGGCGGCCGGCGCGAAGGGCGGAGACGGCUUCGACGUUCGCAAGAGCGGCGAUGUGCGCUGCGCCCUGGUCGGGUUUCCGUCCGUCGGCAAGUCGUCCUUUCUCUCGCGUGUCACACAGACAGAGAGUGAGGCGGCCGGCUACGAGUUCACCACGCUGACGUGCAUUCCGGGAAAGCUGAUGCACAAGGGAACGGAAAUUCAAAUCCUUGAUUUGCCUGGCAUUAUUGAAGGUGCGGCGGAGGGUAAGGGCCGCGGUCGCCAGGUCAUCGCGACGGCGCGCACUGCCGACAUGAUCAUCCUCAUGCUCGACGCUGCCAAGGCAGAGGCACAGCGUUCGAAGAUUGAGAACGAGCUUGAGUCCGUUGGUAUCCGUCUGAAUCAGCGCUUCCCCAACGUCACCUUCAAGAAGAAGACAUCGUGCAGCAUGAAUGUCGUGAGCUACAGCUCCACUGUGCCGCAAACAAGGGGCGUCUCCGAGCAGAUGGUGAAGGAGGUGCUGAAAGACUAUGGUAUCUUUAACGCUGAUGUGGCCCUGCGCGAAGACAUCACUGUCGACCAGUUCAUCGACGUGAUAGAAGGAAACCGUAAGUACAUGCCGUGCCUGUACGUGUACAAUAAGAUCGACACAAUCACUAUGGAGGAGAUGGACCGCCUGAGUCGCCUGCCGCACUCUGUCGUGCUGUCGCUGCACUGGGACCUCAACGUCGGCGAGGUCAUUGAUGAGGUGUGGGAGCACCUCAACAUCAUUCGCAUCUACACAAAGAAGCAUGGUGAGCACCCGGACUUCGGCAAGCCGUUCGUCGUGAAGCGCGACGCAAGUGUGGAACACAUUUGCAAGCGCAUUCACAAGGAUAUUGCGUCACGCUUCAAGUACGCCCUUGUGUGGGGCACGAGCGCGAAGCACCAGCCACAGCGCGUCGGUAUUUCACAUGAGCUAGAGGACGAGGAUGUUCUUCAAAUCAUGCUAAGAACAGCCAAUGAGUAG